AUGACCACCAAGCAAAAGAUUGAAGACUCCAAUCUUGAUCAAGAAUUGCUCAGAAUUGGCCACCAAGUCAUUGCCCGUCAGAAGGAGGAGAACUUCGGCACGGCAUGGAGGAACCAUUGGCGGGCGGCGGCCUGGAGUUUGUUCAUCUCCAUGGCCUUGUGGAUGGAAGGUUAUGACACUUCCAUUCUCGGAUCCUACUACGGUCUGCCACAGUUCAAAGCGGUCUUUGGAACCAUGGUCGAUGGAAAAUUGAAGAUCACCAACGAGACCCAAGUCGGUAUUGGCAACACCUCUACCUGUGGUCAGCUCAUCGGUCUCGUUAUCACCGGUAUCUGCCAAGAAUGGAUCGGUUCUAAAAAGACUUUCCUUGGUGGAAUGCUCUUCAUGAUCGCCACCAUUUUCCUCGCUGUCUUUUGCCAAAACAUUGCCAUGCUUUACGUCGCCGAAUUCUUCAUGGGUAUCCCUUGGGGAAUGUUCCAAACCCUUACCACCGCCUAUGCCGCUGAAAUCUGCCCAAUCAACAUGCGAGGAUACCUUGCCGCCUGGGCAUCCAUGGGUUGGGGAGGUGGUCGAUUCCUGGCCAGUGGUGUCACUCGAGCUACCAUUCACUACACUGGUGACUGGGCGUGGCGAACUCCAUGGGCCGUUCAGUGGAUCUGGCCCGUCCCUCUCGCUUUGACCAUUUGGAUGGCGCCUGAGUCUCCUUGGUGGCUCGUCCGUAAGGGUCGUUACGAAGAGGCGAAGGAAGUCGUUCGACGAUCCGCUCGACCUGGAUUCUACGCCGAAGGCGAAAUUGAUGGAUACGUCGAAUACAUGAAGCACACCGACGCUCUCGACCGAGCCGAAAAGGCUUCAGGAAAAUUCGCCGACUUAUUCAAGGGAACCAACCUUCGACGAACGGAGAUCCAACUCGGAGUCUGGAUCGCUCAGCUCUGGAACGGAAAUGCCAUCACCGGUCUUAACGUCCAAUUCUUCGAGAACGCCGGAAUGACUCCUGAAUUCGCCUUCAACUUCAACAUGAUCAUCCAAGCCUUGUCCGUGGUUGGUGUUGCCGUCUCCUGGGUCCUCCUUCGAUACUUUGGUCGUCGACCCAUCUACAACUGGGGUAUUGUAUCCAUCAUCGUUGCCAACUUGAUCAUUGGAGCUCUCGGAGUCACUAAGAAGGCCAAGACAACCAGUUACGCCGCUGGAGCAUUCAUGACCUGGAUCAAUUUUGCUUUCCACUUCUCGCUCGGACCCGUCUGCUACACUAUCGUUGGUGAAUUGCCAGCUUCUCGACUCCGUGCACGAUCCAUCGUGAUGGGCCGAUUUGUCUACGUCGUCAACGGUAUCGUUGUCAACUCUAUCAACCCUUACACCACCAACAUCUGGGGAGCUAAAGCUGGAUUCUUCUGGAUGGGAACUGGUAUCCUCUGUUUCAUUUGGUGUUUCUUCCGAAUGCCCGAGACUGGAGGAUUCUCAUUCGCCGAACUCGACAUCUUGUUUGCCAACAAGGUCCCUGCCCGUAAAUUCACAAAGGUCUCCAUCGAUGAGCAAUUCGCCAUCCACCGAGAGACUCACGGUAUCUCACACGGCGAGGUCGCUUACGAGGAGAAGGAAAAGGCAGAGACUGAGCACGCGGAACUCAAGUAG